AUGGCCGACCUCCCUUCGAAUGUCCACAUCUCUCAGCACCCGUGCUUGGUUGCCAAGCUCAGCCAGCUGCGUUCCCAGGGCACAUCAGCCCGCGAUGUGAAGUCUUUAAUACACGAGAUCACGCUGAUUGUUGGCUGUGAGGCCUUGGGGAAGUCCCUGGGCACAACGCCCGGGCCGAUGGAUAAAACGCCUCUCGGUUACGAGUUCCAGACCGCUAAACUCGAGCCUGAGGCCAUCUCUCUGGUUCCCAUCCUUCGUUCUGGUCUGGGCAUGACCCUCCUCCCUAAUCCUGUCCCGGUGCACCACCUUGGCUUGUACCGCGAGCCCAUCUCUCUCCAGCCCGUGGAGUACUACAAUAACCUACCCAAUCACAUCGCCGGCUCCGGCUCCGGGGGCGCUGCCGUGUCCAGUCUGGCCAUCGUGCUAGACCCCGUCAUUGCCACGGGCGGUACCUGCGCUGCCGCAAUCUCUACGCUGCGCCAGUGGGGAGUGAAACGCAUCGUAGUUGUUUCAGUUUUGGGUGCCCUUCCCGGUGUCAAGGCUGUUGCCGCUGAGUGGCCAGAGGGUGUCGAGAUUUGGCUGGCGGGCGUGGAUGAGGAGUUGACGGAUAGAGGUAUGCUGAAGCCAGGUCUGGGAGAUAUUGGGGAUAGGUUAUUCUUGACUAUUGGGAAGUAG